CAGAUAGUAGACGAACUUCACGUGUUUGAUUGAUAUAUUUCCUACAGACUACAAUUCCAAAGUUGAAACUUCAAAGCUUACAAGAUGACUUGCACGAGUUCUACAUCAAAAGAUAAUAUCGUUGACUUGUAAGUAUUUAAUUUUUAAAUGUUGAAUCCUUUAUUGAAAUAUUCCAACGGCCAUUUUAUUUGUUUUAAUACUAAUCCUACGAAUAGAACCGAAUGCAUUCAGUCACCAGACUCACCAACCAAAAAAAAGAAGACGAAUUAUGCUGUCUACGUCCCACUUCAAUUCUUUACGAAGAUGAGCAGUACAGAAAAAUCCUCAGUCUAUAAGUGCUUGAUGGGUUGUACAAAUAAGACUAUAACAGUGAACAACCAAAGUCUGUGCAAUGCUCGAAGACAUGUUGAGGUGGGUUUUUCUUUGCAGUAUAUACUGAAUUACUGAUGUAUAAUGAUGAAUGAUGCUUGUAUUAAGUUUAUAUUGCCUGGUUUACUUAACUAUGUUAACUUUAUUUGCAGUCGUUCCACAAAGCCAAAUUAGCAGAGUUCAAUGCUGCAUUUCAAGAACGAAGAAUGAAGAGUAAGGCUCAUGUUCAAGGGAAUGAUUUGGCUGAUCAGGGAAAACAGGGAGCCAUUGAAAAACACUUGGUAAACUCAAAAGAUCCACAUAAAACACCAAUUGUUACUCAGAGUGACUUGGAUGACCGAAUAAUGCAAUUUAUUGUUCAAGACAUGAAUUUUUUACGAACAGUUGAGAAAGGCGGUUUCAACUGGCUCAUGGAUGGUCUUAUCGGAAAUCUGAAAGUAAAAAAGAGGACUUUCUUCACAGAGAAACUUAAGAAAGACUAUUCUAAUACGAAAACUGCACUCUGUAUGGCUCUUGAAAAGGCUACAGAUAUUUGUACCACCGCUGACAUGUGGACAUCUCGUAGACGAAGCUAUCUUGGCAUGACAGCUCACUGGAAAGGAGAAGAUUUGAAGCGGCGAAGUGCUUGUUUGGGAAUCCGACGUGUUAAAGGAAACCCCACUUUUGACGUCAUUGCAACUGAAACCAACAAAAUCCACAAGGAGUUUAAGAUUAGUAGCAAAGUUAAUGUCAUGAUAACGGACAGCGGGUCCAAUUUCCUAAAAGCCUUCAGAAUAUUCGGUCCCAAUGAAGUGACUGAAAACGAAGAAAUUUCUGAAAAUGAAGAAGACGAUAACUACGAACCCAACGAUGAUGAAGACUGUGUGUAUAUUGACUUAGAUCAAAUAUUUCAAGAUCAUAAUGCACAAGUAUUGGAACAACAAACAUAAGAAAAUGAAGAUGCGGAUGAGUCGAACACUGAACGACAAGAACAAAUGAAGCUACCAUACCAUGUGAAAUGUCCAUGCCAUCUUUUGAAUUUAAUUGCAACAGCUGAUGUUCAAAAAAUUACAAAUCCAACCUUCAAGAAGCUAAAAAAAAGGUUGAUCAAAAAUUGCAAAAAAUUUGAAACAAACAAGCUCGAAGCUUGCUUGCCUCUGACUUCAUAGAAAAAAAAUUAGGCUCACUUUUCGUUUUAUACAAUCAAACAAGAUGGAAUGCAUUCUUCGACGCAUUGAAUUGUGUGCACAAAUGUAUCAAUACGAAAACAACUGAAUUGGAAGAAAUUUUUCUACAUGUUAAAGUCCUCCCUUUAACGGAAACGGAAAAAGAAUUCAUAUCGAAAUACGUCCGCGUAAUGGAACCCUUUACCCAAGCACUGGAUCUUUUACAGGAUGAGGAAACGAUGAGCAUUGGCUGCGUUAUCCCAACUAUAAAGCUGCUGAUUGAGAAAAUAGAAGAUUUUUCAAAGGAUCCUACUAUUAUUCAUUGCAUACCCCUUGUUUCGGCCGUUCUGGAUGGAUUAAAA